CCCGCAGACUCAGUCGAAGGCCACCGUUCGCGGUUUCUCUACUCCAUCUUCACCUUCGUUUCGAUCUUUGAAACCCUAACCCUAGACUCGAUCGAGGAAUCAGAUAAUGGCGGGGAUCGGUCCGAUCAACCAGGAUUGGGAGCCGGUGGUGAUCCGGAAGAAGGCCCCCAACUCCGCUGCGAAGAAGGACGAGAAGGCCGUCAACGCCGCCCGUCGCGCCGGCGCGGACAUCGAGACAGUCAAGAAGUCUAAUGCGGGGACUAACAAAGCGGCAUCGAGCAGCACUUCGUUGAACACGAGGAAAUUAGAUGAUGAUACUGAAAGCCUUGCCCAUGAUCGAGUCCCAACCGAACUGAAGAAAAAUAUUAUGCAAGCUCGAAUGGACAAAAAAUUCACUCAGGCUCAACUUGCUCAGCUAAUCAAUGAAAAGCCUCAAGUGAUACAAGAAUAUGAAUCCGGAAAGGCAAUUCCAAACCAGCAAAUCAUCAGCAAACUGGAAAGGGUCCUGGGCACAAAACUUAGAGGUAAAAAGUAAUGACCAUCCUCUCCUCAGUGUGACCUUUACUUUCAAUCAAGGAAUCAAUAUGGCGUGUACUAGAACUCAAAACUGUGUGUCAGCGCAUGUGAGCGCAUGAGUUUGUGCAGUUUAAGAUUAUCAAAAUGUUUGAAACUGUUGGCAAGCCUAUCGCAUCCCAGCUAAGUCAUGUAUUCCCAACCCUUAUGUUGCUUAUCCUUUCUCUAUCUGAUGGGCAUGACACUGUUUAUAUUUCCCUGUUUACUGUUUA